UCUGAGUAGGAAUGUGGCGCCAGACUACCCGGGCAAACACAAAUUCAUUACAAUUAUCAUAGAAUAGAGUCUCCUGUCCCGUGUUCUGUCGUUAAAAAAUAAGGGAACUGUGCUUGUUACAACAACCCCCGUCAAAACAGCGCUAAUCAAAGAAGACAUGCCGCGCACACGACAGAGGCCUUUAACUGGGAGUGUCUCUGAUGGAACUGAAGACUCUGAUUCUUCAGCUGAAAGAGAACAGACCAACAGUUCGGAGAGCGAUGGAAACAUGCCUAAGAGACAACGCCUCACCAGAGCUUCUACUCGCCUCAGCCAGAGCUCUCAGGAUACUCCGGAUUUGAAGCGUGCUGCGGACCAGGAUGAAUCUCCACCACUCACACCCACUGGGAAUGCUCCCUCCUCUGAGUCAGAGCUGGAUAUUUCCAGCCCCAAUGCCUCCCAUGAUGAGAGCCAGUCCAAAGAUCAGCCUAGCAGAGACUCGGAUAAGGAUCUGUCCCAUCGUCCCAAGCGCCGGCGCUGUCAUGAAACAUACAACUUCAACAUGAAAUGCCCAACCCCCGGGUGUAAUUCCCUUGGCCACCUCACUGGGAAACAUGAGCGCCAUUUCGCUAUAUCAGGGUGUCCUCUUUACCACAAUCUCUCUGCUGAUGAGUGCAAGGUGAAAGCUGUUAGCCGUGAGAAACAAGAUGAGGAAUUGAAGACGCAGGAUGAAGGCAAUUCACGCCAUGCAACUCGCCACCAGACGCCAACUCCAAAACAGAGUAGAUACAAGGAGCAGGUUGCUGAGAUGAGGAAGGGAAGGAACUCUGGCCUACAGAAGGAGCAGAAGGAAAAGCACAUGGAGCAUCGGCAGACCUACGCCAACACCAGAGAGCCUCUGCUUGAGAACAUCACCAGCGAUUACGACCUGGAGCUCUUCAGAAAAGCUCAGGCUCGCGCAUCUGAGGACCUGGAAAAGCUGCGUAUCCAGGGUCAGAUCACCGAGGGCAGCAACAUGAUCAAGACUAUAGUUUUUGGCCGUUUUGAGCUGGACACCUGGUACCAUUCGCCCUAUCCUGAGGAGUACGCUCGUCUUGGUCGCUUGUACGUCUGUGAAUUCUGCCUGAAGUACAUGAAGAGUCAGACCAUCCUCAGACGACACAUGGCCAAAUGUGUGUGGAAACAUCCACCAGGAGAUGAAGUCUACAGGAAGGGAUCUAUAUCCGUGUUUGAAGUAGACGGCAAAAAAAAUAAGAUUUACUGCCAGAACUUGUGUUUACUUGCCAAGCUGUUUUUGGACCAUAAGACCCUUUAUUACGACGUGGAGCCAUUUCUCUUCUACGUGAUGACCGAGGCCGACAACACGGGCUGCCAUCUAGUUGGUUAUUUUUCUAAGGAAAAGAAUUCCUUCCUGAACUACAAUGUGUCUUGUAUCCUGACAAUGCCGCAGUACAUGAGGCAGGGGUUUGGCAAGAUGCUCAUUGAUUUUAGUUACCUGCUGUCCAAAGUUGAGGAGAAGGUGGGCUCACCAGAGAGGCCUUUGUCUGACCUGGGGCUCAUCAGUUAUCGCAGCUACUGGAAGGAGGUUUUACUGAGAUACAUGCACAACUUUCAGGGCAAGGAGAUCUCCAUUAAAGAGAUCAGUCAGGAAACUGCAGUGAACCCCGUGGACAUUGUGAGCACCCUGCAGUCACUUCAGAUGCUGAAGUAUUGGAAGGGGAAGCACUUAGUUCUUAAACGACAGGACCUGAUUGAUGAGUGGAAAGCCAAGGAGAUCAAACGAGGUAACAGCAACAAAACUAUCGACCCAAGUUCUCUAAAAUGGACCCCUCCCAAAGGGACAUGAGCACAGGAUCCUCAGGCUACUAAAAAAACUAAACUUCACUACCAGCCUCGAAAACCACAAGUAGCCUAAGACCUUCGACUCGUCUACGAAGAUCAGUGUUACAUUUCUUUUACAUUUGUAUCCAGAUCAUUUCUUUUAUUUUCCUUUAUAUUUUAGCUUCAUGAGUUUAAGCAUUUAAAGCUAGAGAAAGCUGUCUUUGUUUUUUUAACAGGCCUUUGUCUUUGUUGUGAAUGUUAGAUGAACUGAACUAGUGCGGCGCAGAAACACAAAUGUUCUGCUUUGCUCACAAAGCGAUGGAAUACAUAAAGACAUUUGGAAGCAUUUCCAGGUUUCUUUUUUUAUUUCUUUCAAAUGUUGUGCAUCAUGAAGAUGGUUAUUCCUGUUUUGGCAUGAUCAAAAAAAAAAAAAAAGAAGCAGGGUUAAAUUUUUUACUAAAAAUAUUUUUUAUAGUCUUUGGCUGGUGUAAACGUUGUAUAGAUGUUUUGUUUUUCCCUUUAAGUCUAAUUAGUAUGAGAUGUGUAUCCAUUCCUUUAGGGGACCUGCCAAAUAAAUAACAUAAAAAAGAUGAGAUUUUUCAAUUUGCUAAAGUCAAAGUAACACAACCUCAGGUUUUUGUACAGCUGCAAUCAUACCUUGCUUGGACGGUUUCUCUGGAUCGUGGAUCUCCUCGGUUGUUACAUAAGGAAUCACUGCAUUAAGCGGCUCUGAAAUAAACAAAGCAUUUAAAUGGGA